GGAUCGCGGCACGGAGAGGACGCGAGUGCGCUGCGACUCGGGCGGAGCCGGGCCGGGGGGUUCCGGCCGCCGCUCCCCAUGGCCGGGGCCGGAGGAUCCGCGGAGGUGGAGCCGAGCCCGUGACCCGGCCGAGCGGCCAGACCUGCCCUGUCCUGCCCACAUGGCCUCGCUCUUGCUGCGGGCCACGGGCCGGCUGUGACCUCCCUUAGGGCUGUGACCUCCCGUAGGGCUGCAAGAGGCACCGCCACCAAGCGUAGUGAGGAGCUCUCUUCACGCGUAAUUCAGUUCUCUUCUAGACGUAACCACCAGGUAGAUUAUAAACAAUGAACAGCAUUGCCAGAAGGGUUUUGCGGUCGGUGAAGCACGGCCGAGCUGCGUGGCUGAGGGCCAGCUCUGCUCGCCCUGGGAAGCAGCGUUAUCACAGGAUGGUUUUGGGAAUAGAGACGAGCUGUGACGACACCGGCGCUGCUGUGGUGGAUGAAGCUGGCUGUGUUCUGGGAGAAGCGCUGCACUGUCAGAAGGAAGUUCAUUUACAAUCAGGAGGAAUAAUUCCUGUGGUGGCACAGCAGCUUCACAGAGAAAACAUCGACCGAGUGGUUCAAGAGGCCCUUUGUGCCAGCGGCGUUUCUGUGGCUGACAUUGCGGCCGUGGCCACCACGGUGAAACCCGGGCUCGCUCUGAGCCUGGGCGUGGGGCUGCAGUACAGCCGGGGCCUGGUCAGCAGGCACCAGAAACCCUUCAUCCCCAUCCAUCACAUGGAGGCUCACGCACUCACCAUCAGGCUCACACAUCACCUGGAAUUUCCCUUCUUAGUUCUCCUCAUCUCUGGAGGCCACUGUCUCUUGGCAGUAGCACAAGGAGUUUCAGAUUUCCUCCUGCUUGGACAGUCCAUCGACAUCGCACCGGGUGACAUGCUGGAUAAGGUGGCACGAAGACUGUCUCUAAGAAAGCACCCAGAGUGCCACAGCAUGGCUGGGGGGCAGGCCAUAGAGCACUUGGCUCAGACUGGGAACCAGGAACUGCUCACCAUCCGACUGCCCAUGCAGCAGUAUCGGAACUGUGACUUCUCUUUCUCCGGACUGCAAAACGUUGUCAAUAAUGCCAUUGUACAGAAAGAAAAAGAAGAAGGUAUUCAGGAAGGUGAGAUCCUGUCCUGUGUUAAGGAUGUUGCUGCUGCUGUACAGCACGCAGUGGCUGUUCAUAUUAUCCAGAGGACAUAUAGAGCCAUGCUCUUCUGCAUCAAAAACAGCAUAUUGCCAUCAAAAAAUGCCACUUUGGUUGUAUCAGGAGGAGUUGCAAGUAAUCAGUAUAUCCGAAAAGUCCUACAGAAUCUGGCAGAUGCAAAUGAUUUUGCUUUACUGUGUCCUCCUCCAAGACUCUGCACUGAUAAUGGUGUUAUGAUUGCAUGGAAUGGCAUUGAAAGGUUACGUGCAGGGCUGGGGGUCCUUCACAGCACUGCUGGCGUCCGCUACGAGCCAAGAGCUCCCCUGGGAAUUGAUAUUUCAAAAAGAGUUGAAGAAGAUUCCAUCAAGGUGCCAAAAUUAAAAGAGAUACGAUGGUUGGCAUCUUAAAAAGUAACUUAAUAAAAUAAAUAGUUCAAUGAAAAGUGUUUCAAUGCUGUUAUGAUUAGGGACAAUACCUGGAUUACAAGUGUUGAAAUCACCUGUCAGAGAAACAAAUGCUGUGUUGCUAUCACCAAAGUGAUUCCAGUUACUAUGCCAAAUUAAGCAUUCUCAGUAUUAAAACAAAAAGACUUAAAAGUGCAGGAUGCAUUCAUAGCGAGUUCUUUGUACAUGUACAACUCUGAUUAUUAAUAAGUACACCCAAGUGUGUAAAAAAACCCAGACCAAACAUUGUAAGAAAACUUGAUUUACUGACUUUGUGUAUAGAAUAAAUGCAACAUCUCCAGAUACAGCUCUAUAAUUCAUCUACUGAAAGUAACUUCAGCCUGCUGCAUGUGUCAGAUGCUUUUUCACUGUUGCUCUCUAGUUUUGCAAUCCGAGAUCCAAACUGCACUGCCCUUUUUGGCAAAACAGUUGAGGCUGUCAGGCCCAGCUCCUUGGCUGCAAGGCGCAGAAUCAGUUUCUCACCAAUUCCUCGAGGUAAAGUCAAAUCAGCUUUUUCUGAGACGGGCAGGGAAUUGAGGAAUGAGACAACAUCUUCAUCGAGAAAAGGAAACCUGAAAGAGAGACUUACAUGAGGAAAGACCCUUUAAAAAUUCCACAGGAAUAAUCUUGGUUUUCCCCUUUACCACAUGCAAAGACCUUGUGAAACUACACUGUAACUUUGAAACAAAAAGAUUUACACAACAAAUGCUGGUAUAAUUGUGACUUUCAUGCAUUUAUACCUAAUCAUGUGCAUGGUUAAGAGCACUGCACAUCCACCACUGCAACUGUUCUCGUGCUGAACUGAAAAUGUGCAACUAAGAUUUGGAAAAAUACUGGCACAAAGAUCACAUGAGAAAAUCCUUCAUGCACCUGAGUGGCCUCUGCUCCUGGACAACACCUAAGGAAUGGUAGCAUGGAGGAAGUAGGCACAAAUAAAAUGAUUCUUCAACUCUUCAGACUUAACAGCCAAGAAAUGUGGUGGAUAUUGACUAUGCUUUACUGCAGGGAUAGGAAUACACAGCUCCUGUUAACACUGUCUUUCUCCAGAGACACUCCCCAAAGGUCUACACCAGAACACUUCAAAGCUGUGCAAAAGACUGUUUAGCUUAGAAUUAUAAAACCAGCUAGAAUUUCCCUAUUUCAACAUCUGUUGCUUC